AUGAGACGCUGCUCAUUGAAUGUGAGCGGCACCAGUGACGCCUCGGAGCUCACCUGGUCCCAGACCCAGAAGUGGCUCCUGGUGUCUGUCCUCAGCCUCCAGACGGUGAUAGGCGUCUCAGGGAACUGCCUCGUCCUCUUGGUCAAAGCUAAGAGCAGAGGGAGGUUCAACAAUCGCUGCUGGAUUUCUCUCCUGAGUCUCACACUGUCAGAUUUAGGUUGCUCUGCUCUGAUCAUGCCUGGAUCUCUGCUGGCGGUGCUCACAGGAGGUCAGAGGUCUCCGUGGUGUGAGGUGGUCAGUCUGCUCAAGUUCACCUUCAUCACCUCCUCCAUUGGCAGCAUCACCGUCCUCUCAGUGCAGCGGCUGGUCCCGUCUGCAGGAAAGGUGGUGGAUUGUCUGGUUCUUGGAGCUUGUUUGAGCUCGUGGGCGACUGGGACUGUGUUUGGGGCUGUUCCGGUCAACUACUCCUGGAUCAAGUACGACCCUGCAGAGAUGCUGUGUGCCGUGUUCUGGGAGAGCAGCUACAGCGACAUGUUGAUCUACAUCCUCUGUGCUUCCUCCGUCUGCAUCUUCUUCCCCUUCGUCCUCAUGAUCCUCUGCUCCGUUGUCGCUGCAGCCAAACGCGACAGAAACAAAGAAGAGGAUUUGUCUGAUGUGGCUCCUCUGCUGGUGGCGGCCUACACUCUCUGCUACACACCGUUUGUGUUGUCCGAGGUGAUCCUCCUGGGGCGUCUGGACCUGUCCCCGUCCCCCGCUUGGCUCCGUACGGUCUCGUCCCUGAUGUCGUACCUGGACUGUGGUCUGAACCCUGUGGUCUACUGCUGUCAUCAGGACUUCAGGGAGGCGGCUCUGGUCCUGCUCUGGACCCGCACACACACACCCACAGAACCAGUGCUCACCGCGGCACACAUACUGGACCAGCAACAGAUAAGAUAA